GAGAAUUUUGUCCGCUGGCGCCCUUCAUAUAUACGACUAAAAAGUCGUUUCCCCAGUGAUUGUACCCCUUCUUUUCUCUUGAAUUUUCAGUACCUUCAAGGUGCCCUGCCAUGAUGACAGCACGACUCCUUGUCCACAUUCUCAACACACUAAAGAAGUGGCUUUCACAGCUUGCACGUCGCUUUGCGGGUUCAUUAUCGCUUUUUUUGACUUUGCUCCCCCAAUUUGCUUCCGGUCAUUUACAGCUCAGUGCAUGUGGUCGGAGGUUGUUUGCUGGGACUCGUUUUUCCAGCGAGGCUCUACCGCGAUCUCAAGGGAACAUCACAAGAGAGGAUGCACCCAUUUGCUCGAGUUCUGUGCCUCCUUUGGAUAAUCCUUAUUCAAUCCGCUCACAACAUCUGCGAAAAGUCACAGCGAUACCUUUGUCACAGACUAAUACAAUAAUACGGAAUGGGAGUACUGCAGAGAUAGAUGGGGGCGCUAUGUCAAGUUUGCACCAGUCCUUGCAGACGAGAGAGAACUCGGGGAGUCGGACGUUCCCCCGUGGUGAACCAUUCGAGGGGUCUAGCAGUCCAGGCCCAUCACGUCCUUCAAGCCUCCAUGGAUUGCCAGGGUCACAUUCACAAUCACAGGUAUACACGAAUGGUGCUCGUUCUCUGGUUGCUACACCCAUGUCCUCCACAACGCAUCUGGGGCUUAGAAAGACUUAUUCCAGACAUAGUCAUGUCUCACAGGGCAGCGAUCAAUCUGGGUCACAAUGUGGACAGCCUACAUUACGCCUGCACGAGGGACCUAUUUAUCAUCUCCCCGACGUCAUCCAUAGUUCCAUCGCGCUGCAAAAUGAACCACCAGAUCUUGCUACCGGUUAUCGUGUUCAUUUGACUGCUCCGCCCGGUAGCGACGACUCGAAGCCGGGCUCAAAGAUUGUUGAGGUGCAUGAGGAUAAACCCCCAGGAAUAUUUCCUAUGGUUGCGGCAGGAGUCAUGAGGUAUCAAAGAUGCAUUCCCCGGUGAACAUGAGCCUUCUCUCCUACUUGUACUCUAGAGCUGACGUCGCAAAAGGGUCACCGACAGUACCCAGACUACUGUCCCCGCUA